AUGAGUGCGUCUUGUGCAUUACAACAUUUUUGUGAUAUACAUGGACCACAAAUAUUGUUGUGUACAGAAGAAAGAACUUAUAUACAUGAUUUAAAUGAUAAUGAUAAUGAAGGUUUAAAAGCAUUUUAUUCUCAAUAUAUUAAAUCAGAACAUCCACAAGGGAAAGUUGAAUGCAAGUCAUGUACAUUAUCAUCUGAUGGUACACUCGUUUCAACAGUUGAUUUAUCAACUCAUAUGCUAUAUAUAUCAUCAUCAUCAACACCUAAUCAAGAAUUAUUUAAAAAUAUUCGUAAUGCUUGUGUAAGAAGUUUAAAUAUUGAAAAAUCUACUGAAAAUGGUCAGCCAGUUUUAUUCGGUGAUGAUGAAAAUGGUUUUUGUUUAUCAUUAGUAUUUUCUUGUAAAGAUUUUCAUGCACGUGGAAGUCAACGUCUAUAUUCAUUAUGUUACUUAUGUAACGAUAAAUAUCAUUUAAUAUCUCUUAUGAGAUUUAUUAGUGAAUGUAUGAGACAAGUUAUAUAUUGGUUACAACAUGAUGCUGAUGAAACUUAUGAAGAAGAAGGACGUAUUAAAGUAAAUACAAAUUUAAAUGAAACAAUACCAACGUAUAUAUUUCGUCCUCCACCUCAUACACCAUCACAACGUAUGCUUAGUGAUAUUGUGCAUGAUUCGAAAUUAAUAUAUCGUAUUCAUGCUUUAUUUGUUUGGAUACUUCGAACAAGUCAUUCAGCAAUUAAUGAAUCACUUUUUGAUGCUUUACCAACAGAAGAACAAACGACAAAACAAGAACGAAAAGACAUCUGUGAAAAUGAACAUUUAACAAAACAUCGAACAAGAGCUAUAGUUGAAAUAUUACCAUCAAUAUUAACAACUAAUAAACAAAAUUAUUUUUCUACAUCAAUUUAUGCAUCUAUUGAUAGUGACUAUCAAAAUGAAAAUGAUUUUGAUGAUGAUGAUUAUGAUUCAUUAGAAUAUCAAUUUUCAUCAUAUGGUAAUAAAGCAUUACAAUUAUUUAAAGAAUUUAUUAUAAAAUUAAAUGAUAUCAAACAUUUACAACAUAUUCUUUAUAAUUGGAUAAUUGGAAAUCAAUUAAUUAUUAAAUAUACUAAUAGACUUGAUAAUAAAGAAUUCAUUCGAGCUUUUGCAAGUGUUUUUCGAUUAUUUUUACCUGAUGGUUGUUGUCAUUUAAUUGAAACAACAAAUCCAAUUGCAUCAUGUACAGCUAAUCUCGUUUUAUUUGAUACAGAUUUAAUAACAACAAAUGAAAUAGAAAUUAAUCAUGAUACUAAUUCAAUUAUUAUUACAAUUAUUGUUGAUAGUAUUGAUGAUCAUAUUCGAGAAGCUAAAUUAGAAACAUUACCAUUAUUAAAAUCGAAGAUUAUUGUAUCAACUUAUGUCAAAAUGAUUAUUGAAGCAUUAAAUGAUAAUAGUUUAGAUGAUGAAGCAUUUGAAGCUAUUAUUACACAACAUAAGAUUAAAUAUUUGAAUAAAGCAAAACUUUAUUUUCAACUGGGUCGUUGUCAAAUAGCAUCAACAUUAUCAUUGAGUGAACGUCAACAAAUGAAUAUAUUAAAUGUUAAUAAUCCAAAUGAUUUAUUACUUAUUCGAUUUUGGCAAAAAGGACUUUCACAAUCAUAUAAAACUCAAAUACGUAUGUUGAAACAAGAUGAUAAUCAACAACAACAGCAACAAAAAACCUCAAAACUAAAAUAA